ACCAUGAAGAUCUUAAGGAAGAUAAACAGAAAUGAUCUGGUUCAGGAUUUGUCAAACAAGUCAAAUGAAGACCACAAGAUCUCUGCAGCGCUCCCACGUGAUGAUGAGACAAGGAGGGCCAAACUGAGGGAGAUGAAAGCCCGAAUUGAUCUGAGGAUCAAGGAGAAGCAGAUAAAGAUCUAUGAAGUCAGACGCACAGCAGAGCUCAGCAGGAAGUCUGCAGAGCGACAGACCUCAGAGAGCAGGAGGGCAUUUGAAGCUCUGGUGGCCUCUGUCCAGAGCAGUCUGGAUAAAAUCAUCGGAGAGAUCGAUGAAAAGCAGAAAAUGACACAGAAACAGGCUGGAGGAUUAAUCCAGCAGCUAGAGCAGGAAAUCUCUGAGCUGACCAAGAGGAGCGCAGAGGCGGAGCAGCUUACCAAAGACCAACGUGAGUUCCUGCCAAGCUUCUCGUUCACAAACGAGAUGCUGACAGAAGCCAGGUUCCCCCAGCCAUCUUACAAAGAAACUGUGAUAAGCACUGUGACUCAGCUGAAGGAAAAACUCAGCAAAGACAUGGAGAUGUUUCUCGCUGUGACUGAGCUGAACAGGCUCCGGCAGUUUGCAGUGGAUGUGACACUGGAUCCAGACACAGCACAUCCCAACCUCAUCCUGUCUGAGGACGGGAAGCAAGUUCACUGUGGUGACAUAACACAAACUCUCCCAAACAACCCAGAAAGAUUUGACCGUGCUAUUAAUGUUGUGGGAAAGCAGAGCUUCUCUUCAGAAAGCUUUUACUAUGAAGUUCAGGUUAAGGAGAAAACCUCCUGGGAUCUAGGUGUCGCUAAAGAGUCAAUAAAUAGGAAGGGAUCAAUGUAUGUGAGCCCUAAGAACAGCUUCUGGAUAAUAUGUUUAAGGGCAGGAGAGUACAAAGCCUCACGUGUCCAUCUCAGUGUGGACUCUCAGCCAAGGAAAGUGGGAGUGUUUGUGGAUUAUGAGAAUUGUUCGGUCUCUUUUUAUAAUGCUGAGUCCGCACAACUCAUUCAUUGCUACACUGACUGCUCCUUCAAAGAGAAACUCCGCCCUUUCUUCAGCCCCGGGACUCUUCAUGGUGGCCAAAACUCCACUCCGCUCAUCAUCUGUCCUGUCUAUGACAACUGUCAGAUCUGA